CCCCUCGUCACACCUUAUCGGAUCAACGGUUGUAUCACACACAGACAAGCCACCGUCUAAGAGACCGCAACAACAUCAAUUCCAAGAAACUUGAAGAAAAAAGACCAAUUCCAAUUCUAUCACAAUGGCACCCCCACGACGCAAGGUCCUCGCAACCGCGGAAGAAACCUUGACCCCUCCAGACGAGCUCCAACAAGGUCAGCAAAUCGCACGAGUUAUCAAGGCAACCGGAAACAACAUCUACGCCGUCGAACUAUCAUCCAAAGACUCGAUAUUGGUAGAACUGCCGUCCCGAUUCCGCUCCAGGAUCUGGAUGAAACGGAAUUCCUACGUUGUGGUCGAUACCAAUGCGCUCGACGACCGGGACAACAAGCUUGCCGGGGAGAUCGUUAAUAUUGUUCGGGAUGAGAAGGCCUGGCGUAAGGCUCCAUUCUGGCCGAAGGAAUUUGUGAAGCCGGUUACUGCUGUUGCGUCAGAUUCAGAAGACGAAGAAGAAUCCAAUAUGGGCAAGAUGCCUCCAUCGGACGAUUCCGAUGCAUGACGUAGCCCUCGACUCAUAGUAAUCGUCGCACCUCGUGCAUGUGUUAUCUUGUGUGCCUCUCGAAUGGUUUAAAUGAUGAAACAAUGAAGUCAACAAUAUAUUUGCAGUCGGGCGGACGCUUUAUCACUGAGCGUGUUCCUUCGCACGCGUGUCGCCAAGUGCCUUUCUGUUAUUCAAAAGGACACCGAAAACCUGAACGGCAAGCGAAC